GAAUUUUGUGCUUCUGUUGAUUAUUUGGUCCAAGUCCUCAAUCAUUGUGGCAAAUCAUGAAUUCAAUGUCUCAGAACUAUUACCCUCACUUUAUAGGACCAUAGUGCCUAGAGAGGACAUGAAACAUACUCAAAGUGAACCACAGUAUCAAGCUCCUAUGCCCUUACUCUUGAACUAUACUUUGUUUCUGUCCUUACUAGGUGAAAUUGAGCUAUUUUGCCUCCUUGACUUAAAGGAACAGCUGUUUUCACAUAAUUUUCAUCUUUAUAGAGGCUAUCUCUGAAAUAGCUUGUAACAGCAGAAAAACAAUUUGAUAUGCUACAGGUAGAAUAACAUCUAAUUAUGAUAAUCCUUCUUUGCCUUCAAAAAAAAACCCCAAACCAUCCAUUACAUUAAGGAGCAAAUAUUUCUUUUUACAAACAAAAAGCUUCAGAUGUUGACUCAGAAAUAUCUAAAGUAUCCAAACAUACAAAUGAGUAACUUGCACCAUUCAAAUUACUGAAACUAGCCAUGAAAUUUCAGGAAUUUCCAUGGCAAACUAUCAACCACUGUGAAAGUGGCUUGCAUCCAUCUGCAUUUGUGCAGUUAAUGAGCACUGACUUUUCUUGCCCCUCCAAAUAGGAGACUAUAUGUUUCUUCUUUAAUGUUAAAGCACUAAGCUAGAAUUUUUGAAAAAUUUUCAAUUCAAAAGUGAAGGAGAACUUUUUCCAAGUCAUAGGCCUAAGCUGUGAUUGUGACUGAAAACACACUGGCUGGAGAGUAGGUACUUUACCAAUGAAAAUCAUGGUCCUUUAAAAAAUCUUAAAUUUGACACCCAACAAUAAAAUGUCCCAAACACUCAGUACUUAUGAAAAGCAAAGACAGGCAUCUUUGAGCUUUGAGUAAAAAUACCUACUUUACUCCCAGCUCAGGCCUGCCACUGGCCAAUUUCAUUCUAGGGACUAAUUAUUGUUUCUUUUUCCUUCUCUUUCCCCCACUUGCCUCUGCGCCCCCCGCACCCUCCUUUUAAUUUCCCUUAGUGAAUAAAAAAGCUCUAUCUUUUCACUGUAUGGUUUUUGUAUUUCUGGGUUUCCCAGAACAUGCACAUUGGGUCUAAAUAGUACUUCUUCACCUGGAAGUCUCAGAAACAUAUAUACUACUAUAGUGUGUCAUUAGCAUAUUGCUGAAAUUAGGAUAGGGAAAAGAAACAUAACCCUAGCUCAGCUGAGGAUCACCGAAUCAGAGAGACCUUGACCCUGAGAUAGAGUUCCAUAUGGCAAAUUUCCCGGGGAUGCCUUUAAAGUGAUUUGGGGUGGCAGGGGACUGAGUGAAUGUGGGUUAAAGGGCCGUUGUGGAGCUCUGGGCAGCCAGUGGCAGAAGAUAUUGCAGAUGCUUGCUGCACUUUCUGCUUCCUCAAAACUGCAGCCAGGUGCCUCAUGGGCUGCUGGGGAAGACUGGCACUUACCACCUGGGCUGUAGGCUCUGCCUCUGGCCUGGAGAACAUCCACACAGGAGCAAAAGGACCCAGGUUUGGUAUUGCUGGCACUGUGAAUGUGACGGGUGAUGAGGUGAAGAAGCUGGAUGUCUUAUCCAACUCCCUGGUGAUUAACAUGCUCCAGUCCUCCUACAGCACCUGCGUCCUGGUCACAGAGGAGAACAAAGAGGCCAUCAUCACCCCGAAAGACAAGCGGGGUAAAUAUGUGGUGUGCUUUGACCCCCUUGAUGGUUCAUCCAAUAUAGACUGCUUGGCACCAAUAGGAACAAUAUUUGCCAUCUACAAAAAGGAUACAGAUGACGAGCCCUCUGAAAAAGAUGCUUUGCAGCCUGGACGCAAUAUUGUUGCUGCAGGCUAUGCCCUGUAUGGUAGUGCUACGCUGGUUGCCCUCUCCACAGGGCAAGGAGUGGACUGCUUCAUGCUUGAUCCGGGUCUCGGUGAAUUUAUUUUGGUGGACAAAGAUGUUAAAAUCAAGAAGAAGGGGAAGGUAUACAGUCUCAAUGAAGGUUAUGCCAAGUAUUUUGAUCCUGCAAUGACAGAAUACUUGCAAAGGAAGAAAUUCCCUGAGGAUGGCAGCUCCCCAUACGGUGCCAGGUAUGUGGGCUCCAUGGUAGCUGAUGUUCACCGUACACUGAUGUAUGGUGGGAUCUUCAUGUAUCCUGCUAACCAGAAGAGUCCUAAAGGAAAGCUCCGACUUCUCUAUGAAUGCAACCCUAUGGCUUUCAUCAUUGAGCAGGCAGGUGGAAUGGCAACUACAGGGACCAAAGCAGUGUUGGAUGUGAAACCUGAGAAUAUUCACCAGAGAGUUCCUCUCAUACUUGGCUCUCCAGAUGAUGUGCAAGAAUACCUUGAUUGUGUUCAGAAACACCAGAAGAGCAGCUAAAGUCUUUCCACAUCAAAUAUUGCUUGUCCAGUUUCAGUUUCCAAGAAAAGCUUUACCUUUCAAAACAGUGGAUUCUAGCAUUUACCACCAAUCUCAAGUGAAAGUCCCAAUUUACAAGAAGAGGAAAAAAUAGUGAGAUUUUGUUUCUCCUUGCAGGAUUUCCUUGUAGAAAUCCUUUAAUUCUGAUUUAGGCAGGGCAAGUGUAGAGACAGAGUCAUGACAAACAGCAACUACUUACUUUAUCUAGUAUUAUAUAAUGUUAACAAGAGGAACAGUAUCCCCAUUUGAUCUGAAGCUUUACAUUCGACAUUACAUGGACAGCAUUGUUUGCGACAGGAUUUCCACAUCAGUAUUGGAAAUGCCAUUUUCUGGAUUUUUUUGUCAGGUUUUCUUGCAGAUGUUUUUUAUCUUGACAGCCCUAAGAAGAGCAGAAAUCUCAUGCUGUCUGAAACAGUAUUUUUAAGCUGAAAAUUAUAUAUAUUUUCGGUAAUUAAUAGAGACGAAAAGGCUGCAGCAUUGCCAGGGUAUUUAAUUUCUCACGAGAACAGGAAAUACCAUGUGUUAUAUACACACACCUUUCAAAGCACAAAUUACAAUAAAUCAUUGCUAUGGAUGUGAGACUCAAA